AUGGGACAUCUCAUUACGGUGGCGACUUGUUCGCUGAAUCAGUGGGCCUUGGACUGGGAAGGCAAUGCUGCCCGCAUCGUUGAGAGUAUUCAAAAGGCAAAAGCUGCUGGUGCACGAUUGCGUGUCGGGCCGGAGCUGGAAAUCUGCGGCUAUGGGUGUCUUGACCACCUUCUCGAGCAGGACCUCUACCUGCACUGCUUCGAGAUGCUGCGCCGCAUCCUGCUCGACGAGACCUGCUACGGCAUCCUCCUCGACAUCGGCAUGCCGGUGCAGCACCGUAACCAGCGCUUCAACUGCCGCGUCCUGUGUUUGGACGGCAAGAUCCUCAUGAUCCGUCCCAAGAUGUGGCUGGCCAACGACGGCAACUACCGCGAGAUGCGCCAUUUCACCCCUUGGAUGCACCCGCGCCAGACCGAGCAGUACCAUCUGCCCCGCAUCCUGCAGGACAUCCAGGGCGCGACGCACGUCGUCUUUGGCGACGCUGUCGUGUCGACCCCAGACACGUGCUUCGGCGCCGAGACUUGCGAGGAGCUCUUCACCCCGAACGCCCCGCACAUCGCCAUGAGCCUCGACGGUGUCGAGAUCAUCACCAACUCGAGCGGCUCGCACUUCACCCUGCAGAAGCUCGACACCCGUCUGAAGCUCAUCAUGGAGGCCACCCGCAAGUGCGGAGGCAUCUACCUCUAUGCCAACCAGCAGGGCUGCGACGGCGACAGGCUCUACUACGACGGCUCCGCCAUGAUCCUCGUCAACGGCGACGUCGUCGCCCAGGGCUCGCAGUUCAGUCUCAACGACGUCGAGGUCAUCACCGCCACCGUCGACCUCGAGGAGGUCAGGGCCUACCGCUCCGCCAUCUCUCGCGGUCUCCAGGCCGCGCGUUCCGACGCCAAGUACGAGAGGAUCCAGACCUCCUUCGAGCUCAGCUCCGAGGACGAGGAUGCCGACAUCAUGAUCACACCCUCGCCCCCUAUCAAGCCCAAGUUCUACUCUGUCGAGGAAGAGAUUGCGCUGUGUGCCGGCUGCUACUUGUGGGAUUACCUCCGAAGGUCCGGUACAGCAGGCUACCUAGUGCCCCUGAGCGGAGGAAUUGACUCAUGCGCCACAGCGACAAUCGUGUUCUCGAUGUGUCGCAUCGUCAUAAAGGCUGUCGAGGAGGGCAACCUCCAGGUAAUCGAGGACGUGAAGCGGCUCGCAAAGUACGACGGCGAGGGCGUCCUACCCAAGACGCCGCAGGCUCUCUGCAACCAGAUCUUCUCAACCAUCUACAUGGGUAUGAAGACGCAGAGCUCGGCCGAGACGCGGCAGCGCGCGCGGGACCUCGCCGAGGCCAUCGGCAGCUACCACAUCAACCUCGACAUCGAUGACGUCUACAACGCGCAAAAGAGCCUCGCCGUCAGCGCCCUCAACUUCGAGCCCCGGUUCAAGGUCGAGGGCGGCACCCAGCAGGAAAACCUGACGCUGCAGUGCAUCCAGGCGCGCAUUCGCAUGGUCACGGCGUACGAAUUCGGCCAGCUGCUGCCCACCGCCCGCGGCAGACCUGGUGGCGGCGGUCUGCUUGUGUUGGGUAGUGCCAACGUCGGAGAGUCUCUGCGAGGAUACUUUACCAAAUAUGAUUGCUCCAGUGCCGACAUCAACCCCAUCGGCUCGAUCGACAAGGCCGACCUCAAGCGCUUCAUCGCCUGGGCCGAGAAGGACUUUAACAUCCCUUGCCUGCACGACUUCCUAACGGCGGUCCCGACCGCAGAGCUUGAACCCAUCUCGGAGACCUACGUCCAGAGCGACGAGGUCGACAUGGGCAUGACCUACCAGGAACUCACCAUUAUGGGCCGCCUCCGCAAGGUCAACAAGCUCGGCCCGUACGGCAUGUUCCAGCGCCUUGUGCACGACUGGAGCAUCGACCGCAAGCGCGGGCCCGAAGACGACGCCCCGGCAUACGAGCCCAGCCAGACGGCGGACAAGGUCAAGAAGUUCUUCCAUUUCUACGCCAUCAACAGACACAAGAUGACGACGCUCACGCCGGCUCUUCACUGCAACGAUUACUCACCCGACGACAACAGAUUUGACCUGCGCCCGUUCCUAUACCCCCCAUUCUGGAAGAGCUGGAGCUUCAAGAAGAUCGACGCCGAGCUCGAGAGGAUCGAGAAGCGGAGAGCCAAGACCAAGGCGUAG